AUGUCUAAAAUAACAUGCUUACUAAACUUUUUAUCAAAACGAAGCAUCUCUGUAUCAGCACCACGAGAAGGCAAAAGAAAUUUCAGAAAAUUUGUGAUUCCUAACAAGAGGGGAACUCGUCUUCAGAAACAACGUCAAGCCAGUUCAGAUCCUGAGCUGCCAAUUGAUAAGAGAGGAGUGCGCGAUACAGGAUACGUUUUAGAUGGCCGUUUUGUACAAGUGCCUGAGAUGAUACCUGAAUUGAUUGUACCUGAUUUGAAGGACUGUGACCUUAAACCUUAUGUGUCAUACAAAGCAGCCGACGUCGUACAAAGCGAAUUCACACCCCAACAAUUGUUUGAUGCUGUAUACAGUAAAAAAAUUGUCACAGAUUUUAAACAAGGCAAACUCGAUGAAGAUGGUUCUCCAUUAGAACCAUCUGAUGAAGAAAAUUUGCAACCAAAAGAGGCUGUGGCCCGAGCUAGACGUACAGGCUCUGAUAUUUUCUAA